CAUCACAGCGUCGUGCUUUCAGUCGCCAGCGAGCGCUGCUUCCAAUGUUUACUUCUCUGGCAUGUCUUCUCCAGCCAGGGGGAAGUAAAGCUGAACAACAGAGGAGACAUUUCUCUCGUUUAUUUAUUUUAUUUUUUAGAAAAAGCCGUAGUAGAGGGACCCUUUUUUCCCCAUCCGCUGUACGGAAUAUGCACUACCUAGUUUGAACUGUUAGUCCCGGGUGAGGCUUUUGUCGACAACUGCGGCUCCAUGAUGGCGAUGUUUCGGAGCUUUGUGUCGGCGAGCACCCAGUUUCGUCAGCAGCAGCAGCAGCAGCAGCAGACCAGCAGCGGCCCCGGCCCGCUAGCAGCCCCCCCUGAGGGCGUAGAGAGCCAGUUCUCCUGUCCCAUCUGCUUAGAGGUUUACCACAAACCCGUCAGCAUCGCCAGCUGCGGACACACGUUCUGUGGGGAAUGUCUGCAGCCAUGUCUUCAGGUGGCCUCGCCCCUCUGCCCUCUUUGUCGUGUGCCCUUUGACCCCAAAAAAGUGGAGCGCUCCUCCAAUGUGGAGAAACAGUUGGCCUCCUUCAAAGCCCCCUGCAGAGGCUGCAGCAAAAAGGUGUCUCUGGUAAAGAUGAGGUCCCACAUUUCCUCGUGUUCCAAAGUUCAAGAGCAGAUAGCCAACUGUCCCAAGUUUGUCCCUGUGGUCCCCACAUCCCAACCUAUACCAAGCAAUAUUCCAAACCGGUCGACAUUUGUAUGUCCGUUCUGUGGGGCCCGAAACUUGGACCAGCAGGAACUGGUGAAGCACUGUAUGGAAAACCACCGCAAUGAUCCCAACAAAGUGGUGUGCCCCGUGUGUUCAGCCAUGCCAUGGGGAGACCCCACCUACAAGAGCUCCAACUUCCUGCAGCAUCUUCUCCACAGACAUAAGUUCUCAUACGACACCUUUGUUGAUUACAGCAUUGAUGAAGAGGCAGCGCUUCAGGCGGCUCUGGCCCUGUCACUGGCUGAAAACUGACAUCAGACCCCGCUCUGUCCUCUCCACUCCUCUGCUGUUCUUCCACCGGUCAGAACCGCUCAGACGUCACAUGGACGCACCUGACUCGACUGUAUGAUGAAAUUGCAGCCAACUUUAAAUAAUAACCUCACUUCUUUCUCCUGGUGUAGCAGAGCACUUUCAUUUUAUUAUUAUUAUUAUUAUUAUUAUUAUUAACAAAAGCAGCGUGACCAAUCCUCACUGCGCCAUGUGAGUUUAACGUUUUUGAGGACAGGCUGGACCGCAGGUCCGGAGUAGAUCCAGUUACCAUCCGGGAAAAACUCAGACACCUUGACUGUUGCAAGCCCCCACAUCUACAGUUUGGAAGCAGUUGAUCAGAUCCCCUUUGGGCCACUGCAGCAUGAAGGGCUACCUCCUCGGGAAAAAAGUCACUUUGUUUGUUGAAACCUGCUGCUGAUUCUUAAGGCCUCCUCUGUGGUCCGGCUCCCUGACCACAUGGACCGAUCCACCAAGGUAGACACUGUGAGUAAGCUGGCCUCAGUUUCUGCUUCUGCACUGACCAGGACGGAACCUUUGGCUGCCCCAUCAGCAAGAUCUAAAGAGCAUCUGCACAAAUCCACACAUCUCCUCAGAGACAAAACACUGGAGGUGAUUCUGCAGCAGCACUGUCAGGCUGCAGUGGGUCAUGCGCACAAAAACGGGACUUUUUACGUUGCUCAGAAGUGAGAAUAUUUCAGUAGACUUGCAUUUUAUCCCAUCCAUGUUGCUGUCCACAACAUGCUUUAUAGUCAUGAUCAGUGACCAGUGCACCCACCACCCCUCACUGACCUGAUUCUAGUUUUACAGUUUUGAUUAUGAAGCAGAGGCCUGGCAGUCAGUUAGACAUUUCUUCUGUUUUUGCUUUUUUUUUUUUUGUCUCAAUUAAAAGUUUCAGAUCAUUAUAAAAAUAUGUUGGACACAGAUAAUCUGAGUAAAUUCAAAAGGCUGUUUUAAAUGUAGAUUUCAGUCAUAAAGGAAAGAAAUUCCUUUAUGACUGAACCUGGACCCAUGUGGAGAAGUAAUGGGUCCGGUUCUAAAUCUAAUGACUUCUUGUUCCACCCUUAGCAGAAUCAACUUCAAGUGUUUGUGAUAACCAGUAACAAGUCUUCAACAUCACCACUGAGGAAUAGCAGCCCUCUCUACUUUGCAGAAAUAUUUUCAUUCAGCCAUGUUGAAAUGUUUAAAAUCAUACUACAGAAUCUGACUUGGAUUUAAGGGGUCAGACUUUGGCUAGGCCGCCCCAAAACUUCUAUCUUUUUUAUUUUCCCAAUGUCUUUCUGAGGUUGUCUUGCUUCACUACUUUGGAUCAUUUUUUGGCUGCUUGGGUUUAUGGUCCCAUACUGAUAACUGGAUAUUUUUCCUGUGGGAUUAGAGCUUAAAAGUCUUGAUUCUAUCAAUUACGGAGAGUCAUCCAGGUCUUGAGGAAUCAGGCCAGUUCCAGAUUCUUUGGACUGCCCCUACUGCGUUUAACUGCCAUUACAAUAUUCUUAAUCUGAAAUGCUGUUAGUUUUACAUCAGAUGUAACUGGAUUCACACCUUCCAAAAAGUUCCACUUUUGUCUCAUCAGUUCAGAAAAUAUUUUCCACAAAGUCUUGGGUUUCAUCCAGAUGUUUUCUGGACCUUCAUGUUCUUGUGGAUCAGCAGUUGUUCUGACCUUUGAACUCUCCGGUGGAGGCUAUUUUUGUUCAGUCUCUCUAAUUCUGUUGAACCAUGAACUCUGACCUACAUUGGUGUUUGUUUUUGCUCAUCCUCUUGAUCCAAAAUUUAAAUUUUUGUGAUGAUCUGAAACAUUUAAGAGUGUCAGAAAAGCAAAAUGAAAUAUAUAUUGGGGUAAAAACAUUGUCUUUGCCCGGUUUGUCAUAACGUCACCCAAUGCUGACCACAGGAAGAAAUAGCCAGUGUUGGUUGUUUCUUCCAUGCAGUCCAGCAGAAAACUGGUGGUGAGUUGGUAGCAGUUAUUUUAUGACCAAGGCCAAAUUUGUCUUGAUGGAAUCUCAAAUAUUUUUUGGGGGAUGAUCCAUACGGGGUAUGUUCUGUCUGCUGGCUUUCAUCCACUGUUUAGGAUGACUGUUGGACACUCCAGCAAUUUUCUGUAAACUGCCACAACUUACACCCUCUAUCACCAGCGUAGGUCUGGAACUCUUAUUUGGUCCAGGUUCUAGAUGCAAGUAACUGUGAGGACAGCAGCAUUGGCUCCGUAGGUUUUCUUUACUAACCCAAACAUUAUACGUAACAUCUAACUCCUGGAAGCCCAGCCAGUUUGUUCUCUCAGCUGUCAUUCCUUCCUCAACAUCAAGAGAUGGAAACUUCAAAGCUCCAUCUUCAUCUCCAACAUGUUGAAGAUUAACACAUGACUGCAGCAUGCUGGGUUUUAUUUAGUACUUAUGAUACAGUUACAUGAAAGACUUAAAAAGGUACAAAAAGUCCCAAAGUGCAUCAGGAAAAAAAACAAAAACUAAAUCAAUUACAUCAAAAAAUUGUCAAACAAAACCGAUUUUUUAAAGGAUUUAAAAAUGGUUUGAGAUUAAGUAAUCCUGAGUUAUCUGGCAGAGUUUUCUGUAAUCUAGGGGGAUUUAAUAGCCAACAAGGAUCGCAACAUCCAGCCUGGGAAGAGUCACGGGUUUAACAAGGUUUAGCAAUCCAGACUGGUUUGAAGUGGUGCCACAUACAGAUCCCAGUCAUUUAUAUAUAAGAUUGUACAGAUACAAACUCCAAUCAGGUGUUAAUCCCAUGUCUGUUUAAAAAACAAUUAACUUUACAAACCUCUAAAAUAGCACAUUCUAUUGUCUACAUUAGGGUGAUGAACUGCGUCCUGUUUCACUCACCAGUGACAUUCAUGGCAAGGUGCCGUCAGGUUCUCUCCAUAGUAUCCAACAUUUUUGGUGCAAACAUGUCAGUUUCCCACAACAAGAGCGCCCCCUGGAGUCAGAAUUCCAACGGGAACGUUGAGGCUUCCCGAGCAGCAGUGACUUUAAAUAUCCAAGGUGGCUGCUGGGGGAUGUAGUGAUGUAGAGACGGCCAAUGUAAAUCCUUUAUUUGCACUUUAUACAAGUUCUGCCUGUAAGAAGUGCAUCCUAAUUUCUGUGCAACCUCUAUUUAUGAACAUGUUAUUUAAUUUUUUUAUAUACAUUUGUUCACAAAGCUAAUGGUAGUUGGCACCAAAAUAAAUAGCAAAUCUUGCUGUUUUGUUGAAUUGUAACGUAGGUGUGGCAUCAUUCCCAACUCGUGUCCUGGGAAAAGUUUCUGCAGGACUCACGGCUCCAAUUCACCUCUGAUUAUAUUGAAAUAUUUUAUGUAAAUUAUCCAAAUACAAUCCAAACAUAGUGACAGAUUAGAUUUAGUGACUGAUCACAAUUGUGACACCAAACAGUCUGAUUUGAAUUUUAAUGUCAUUUAGUCGGUCAGGUGUUAUUGCUAACGCCUGACUGACUCAUGGUUAUUGGCAAAGAGCCAUUCCUUGUGGAAUAAUAUAACUAAUAGUACUGAACAAGCAUGCGGAGUUGGCAGAAAUGAACAAGGCGGUAAAUACAGAAAAACACUUCCUGUCUGAUUAUGUAGAGAUGAUGUUAUCUGUGUCUGAACAGACAGUUUUGCUAUACUUAAACUUCAUACAUCAGUUUCAUACACAGCUACAGUUUAACCAGUAGAUGGCAGUAUUUUCCCAGCCAUACAGAGGCUGUACUGAAUAUGAGCUACACAUUCUUGUAAAUCCUAAUCAGCACAGUGACCUGAAGUGGAUAAGUUAGAAGAUGGAGCUGUUGGUAUCGAUGGACAGAUGGGUGCUGCUUGUAUUCUUAUUAUUUCAGUUUACAUUUCAUAUUUUGGUCACAUUAAUAUUUACCUUUGUGGGGUUGGUUGCCACCUGCAGGCUGGAUGUUUGUAAAGCUGCUGCUGAGGGUUAUAGAACCUCUAGAUUUUAGAAAAAAAUAAUGUAUUUUUGUUUGUUCUGCUUUUUUUUAACUUCCUGUGGGUGAUGAUUGAUUCUCCAUAUAUGUCACUAUGACAAACUGGACAUAACCCUGUCAGAAAUCUGCCAACCAUUAACAGUUGACCAAGAAAGGGCAUUACAUUUGAUAUAAAAACGUCCUUCACAUUCUAAGCAAUACUACUGUGCUGUUAUGUAAAGAUGGAAGAAAAAUGGGAGUCUCUCAAGAACCUGAGCUCUUUUGGACUUUUCAUUGUCACUGUUUGUUUUAUAUUCUGAAGAUAAACCCCAAACUGAUAUUUUUCCUGAAACUGUUCUUAGUUUUUUUUUUUUGUUUGUCUGUUUGUUUCUGUACUAUGUUACCAUGGGAAACACAAUAUGUAUCAUAUGGGUCCUCCCUGAUCUGCUCUCAACAUAUUUUUUGUCAUAGCUAUGCUGUCUGUUAGAUUUAUGUCUUCUAUACUGAGAAUACACUGUAUUGCUUACGAGUCUAAAAAAGUUUUCUGGAAAUUAAUUUGGUCCACUUUUAUUCUUUUGAAUAAAACUAUUUUACAAUCCAGUCA